GCUACAUCUUCGCCCACUUGCCCAAUUUGGAUGCAUGCCGAACACACAACGCACCGGUCACGGAUGCUAGUACAGAGCCCCGCCUCGGACGUUGAAACAUAUACAGGAAGAUACGGACUCGGUGAGAUCACGGCGACAUACAACCCCGCUUUGAGUGACAUCUGAAUAAAUGACUCGCACAUCGCCGUAAUAGGACUGCAGACUCUAUAAAGGACGGCUGCUCACGCCUUGAGUAUGGUGAUCUCGCGCUUGUAUCGUAAUCGUAUCACCCGCAAUGGAUGCCUUUGAGAAAAAGACUUUGAAGACCUCCCGAGGUUACACCUACACUUACUACGUCGCUGACGGAGACAAGUCCCUGCCGGCUCUCUUCUUUCAGCAUGGCUGGCCCGACCAUGCAGCGAUGUGGAAGGACAUUGCGACUCCCCUUCGAUCCACCAAACAUCCAAUCAUAAUUCCUGACCUCCUUGGCUACGACGGCACCGACAAGCCAACCGAUCCUGCUGCUUACCGGUGGGAUGUCAUGACGAAAGACCUCAUUGAGAUCGUCGACGCUGAGCAACACGAGAAAAUCAUCUCUGUGGGCCAUGACUGGGGGGCGGGCUGCGCUUCUCGGCUUUACAACUUCUACCCCAAUCGAGUGGAUGGUGUUGUGCUUCUUAACGUCGCGUAUGGUGCACCAACACGUGACAAGUUCGAUUUGGACGCCGUCAACAAGAUGACAGAGAAGGCGUUUGGCUAUCCUGUAUUCUCAUACUGGCACCUCUUCACAGCGCCGGACGGACCCGCCGUCUUGAAGGAGCAUCUCGAGCGUCUUUACCAUGCUAUGCACGGCGAAGCCGAGACUAUGAAAUAUAUCUUUACCACUCCAGGCGCUAUUCGAGACUACCUCUUGAACGGCGGUCACGAAUCUGAACUGCGACCGUACGCCCGCGACGAAAAGCUGAAGCAGGAAUUCAUCGAUCGUAUGACCCGAGACGGCUUCGAAGGGCCACAGUGCUGGUAUCGCGCUACCACAGAGAACUAUCAGUCCGAGGCACACAAACAACUUCCCGAGGGCGCGGAGAAGGUGAACGUCCCGUUGUUGUACAUCGGAUGCAAACAGGAUCCAGUAUGCAGACCAGAGACUAUGUAUUCUGCCAUCAAGGCGGGGCUGUUGCCCAAGCUAGAACAGGCGGAGAUGAUAGAUGCAGCGCAUUGGGUGGCGUAUGAAAAGCCUGAGGAGGUGGUUGUACGGAUGGAGGGUUGGCUGAAAAAGCACUAUGCACAAGAAUAGGAUUAAUUGCUCCAAAGUCAGCAAUAAGGCUAAGUUCAAUCAUUCACCCGUUUGAUUUUCAGCUGCUAUUUCUUCGAGGCAAUAACAGUAUAGACCGAAAAAUGCGCGAGCUGUCAAAAGACAGACCGUGCUCAUUGAGUCCCUAUC